AUGUCUCCAACUUAUCCUCAGAACUCGUCGAGGCGAGGCGAGGCGAGGCGAAGCGAAGCGAGGCGAGGCGAGGCGAGGCGAAUGCCACCAUCAGUCGUCGAGAACGCGUUCGACAUCGAGAAUGGACGCGAACAUCCGCUGGCCGCGGAGACGAGGGCGGUCGAGGUCCUUCCCGUCAUUCCAGACGUCGUCCAACUCCUUUCCGCCGCAGAAACGAGCAUGAAUCGCGUGACGUCCCUCUGCCUCCUGUCUCUCCUCGUCCUCCUCCUCGCGGACGAGGCCCGCUGCCGCCUCGAGCGCCGCAAGAUAUGCUGCAUCGACCGCAGGAGAUGCAACAUCCGCUGCCUCGUCGGACGCAGAAGGAGGGACGCGCGACCGGUCGCAGGGGCCUUCCAGGACGUCGGGAAGAUCUCGUUCGACGAAGCGUGGCGCCUCAAAUUGAAACCGCGCUAA